AUGGAGCCUCAGCUUUCGUUGGAUGCCAACCUCGGAAUGGCAUCGUUGAACAAUGGAAAUAUAUCAACGUUUGAUGCACUAUCUCCAACGGUUGGCUCCAACUUUGUCGAACGCAAGUGGAACCAACUACUCGAUGUUAUCGGCGAUGAUCCCGACGUGCUGUACGUUUGGUUCCUCACAACGUAUACAUACACAUUCUUUUGGAUCGUCGGAAUGUUGUUUGUCGCGAUGGAUUUGACCGGAAGGCCGCAAUGCCUGCGGAAGUAUAAAAUCCAACCCGGCACCAACGAGCCUCUCCCGUGGGAUCGCUUCAAACGUCUCGUCCUGACUGUGCUGCGCAACCAGUUCUUGUUCGGCGUGCCCACAAGCUAUCUAGUGUUCCACAGUCGUAAGUUUGUCACGGCGGAAGUCCCGCCCGUACGGGUGUUGCCCACGCCUUUCACCAUCGUGCAGGACAUGCUGGUGUGCAUCAUAUGUUGGGAGAUCGCCUACUACUAUACCCAUCGAUUACUGCACAAUCGCCACGUGUACCGACACUUUCACAAGCAGCAUCACGAGUGGAGUUCACCUGUGGCACUGGCCGCUAUGUACUCGCAUCCUGUCGAAUUUGUCAUCAGCGAUCUGCUUCCGGUGUACGUCGGACCGAUCAUCAUGCGAAGUCACGUGUUCACGAUAAUGAUCUGGUUCUCGUACGUGAUGAUCGACACGCUAGCGGACCACUCGGACUACCAUUUGCCGUUUCUGGCGAGCUCCGAGUUCCAUGACUACCAUCAUCUCAACUUCAACCAGUGUUUCGGCAACUUCGGACUGUGGGACCUUGUUCACGGUACUGCGAAUGAAUUUCUCAAGAAAAAGCAAUUUCGGCGGCACCAUCGGCUUUUAACUCUCCAAUCAGCGCGAGAAUGGAUACCAGAUAAAGAGCAGUAA